CGUACGGGAAAGUUGAGUUUUGUGCUAGCGGGUCGAUCUGACAAACAAGAACCGUUCCGUUGGUUGCUUCGAUUUAAUGAUGAUUGCCUUCAAGUGAGAGGCUGUUUCUUUCGUGAUUCGAUAUCGUGUAUUGUGUCAAGUGAGAUAUUUGUUUCUGAUAGUUUCUGUCGCAGUUGUUGUCAUUCCGAUAAGAACAAAAAUUGUUGUAACAAAACGUGCACGUUAUCUGUCGGUGGUCGGUCGGUCUAUUGGUGGUUUCGUUGCCGGCUAAACUGCUGCUUAACACAGGUCGCUUCCAGUCAGAGUUCUAUCGGCAGGCUGCAGUCGCGAUUUAGUGGGGCUUCUUCUUGUGGAGGAAUCGCACAAAGUGGGUACCCUCUCCCCUCGUUUUCUAACGGUGCUUUCCGGUCAGCACACCCAAGAUAAGCGCACGAUAAUCGGUUUAGUGGUUAGCACAAGUCGUUACUGAAUUGGCUCCCCAGCGCCUAUAUCAGCCAUGCUGCAAUUCAAAAAUCGUUGAUUGAGGAUUUUGAUUGUUUCGGGAGAGCUUUUACAUAAUAAUUAAUCCGAAGCUCUGUGAGUGGUGGUUGUAAAAUGGUUUUAUUAUUUCCUGUAAACCUAUCGCUGUAGUAGUACAGCCCAGUUGCAAAAGGUGAAGAAGAAUGAUGAAUUGAGGCUCCUGCUUGUACGCUGGCUACAUUACCAAACCAACACAAACCCACUUAAGCUACUUUGAAUUGCGGUUAAGCCGAUCGUUUCAAGCCGCACGAUCGUACCCUGUGAAUGUGUGAGUUAGUAAAGCUGUUUGACCGACCGUUUAGCACCUGAGAAAAGUGCACAACCGAUCGAAAGAUCAGAAUAGAUGCGUUUCUGUCUACCAAAGUGUACGCGAAAAGCGAAAAAGUGGAUCAUUCAUAACUAGAAAAUAGUGUUCGGGCUAAUUGAAUAAGUGUGUUUGCUUGAGUUUAAUUUUGGUAAAUGUGUCAACUGAAAUUCGACAAGAAGUCACGCGAUACUAAAAUUCUCACCUAAGUGCUUUCGAGAAAAUGUGUAAAAGAAUAGGUUUACACAAAUCCAUCAAGUGAUUCACGAGACCCCCUCCCUACUCCCAUUCUACACACGCGAUCGAAAACCACCAGCGAGCAAUCGUAAAGAAGAAUACUCAACGACAUCUCUGCAACGUUGCAAAGGUCAUCGAAAGUAAAUAUUUAUCCCGCUUAUGCUGGUGCUGCUAAAUGUGUAGUAUAUAGCUAUUUUCGUAUCGUGUUUCGGUCACAAGAAUAGUGAAGUGCAGGAAUCUGAAUCAGCUCAAAGAAGGUGUGAACGGCGACGACAUACGGCGCCAGUGUGUCAUCGUCAUCGUGGACUGCUUGGAUCUCGUUAGAUUUUGUGAAGGAUUAGUGAAGAUCGACCGUCACAUCUCCCCGCGGCAAAACAUCAUCUACGGAAACGAAUGAAGGCAACUUAUUUUCGGUAGUUCACAAAACGGAUGCCAUAACACAACUAUGACAUGGGAUCCUGUUCGAGACGACACUUUUUGUUGUCAGUAUGUGUUCUGCAGUUGUUAUUCGUCAUCGAGCGGCAGGUGUUCGACUUCCUCGGGUACAUGUGGGCCCCGAUCCUGGCGAACUUCUUCCACAUAAUAUUUGUGAUAUUCGGAUUUUUCGGUGCCUAUCAGUAUCGUCCAAAAUACCUAAUAACGUAUUCCUUAUGGAACCUCUUAUGGAUAGGAUGGAACAUAUUUCUAAUAUGUUUUUACUUAAAUAUAGGCAUUUUAGAUAGGGAUAGUGAUAUAUUGAAUUUAGGGACGGGUAGCGUGUCAUGGUUCGAGGUCAACGGCUACGGCUGCAAGCCGGUCUAUCCGAUGAACAUAACUUCCGAGGAUCCGUAUCGACCGGUGCGGCCGGAACGGGUCGAUGGAUGCCUUCUGGACUACCACAUAGUGGAAAUCGCUCAGUCCGGUGUGCAAUCUAUACUGGCGCUUCUGGGCCUGUUCGGAGCAAUCUGUCUGGGGCACACGUAUCUGGACGAGGACGAUAGCUUCGACUUUAUGGGUGGUGAUGCGAAAAGUCCUCAGCACACGGCCGUGCAUCCAAUGUACGUGAGCUAUACUAGUUUGCCAACCACCACGAAUAGUGCCACUUCAACGCAACUGAAGCAAGCAGUGGCCAAUUCGGCGGCAAAACCGGUGGCCACACCAAUUAUCACAGCGAAUUAUCAUAACAACAGUAGUAGUACUCACUGCCUCAGUAACACUAGCGCUAAGCUCGGAGUUGUGCUAAAGUCGAUUAACGGUCACGGUAGCAAGAAUCAGAUAUCAUCCUCAAACACUAACACCCUUCUGUCGUCAUCUUCCUCACCGUCAUCGACAUUUACCAAUUGCAACGGAACGGGAAGUAUCGGGAACAACAACAGUGGUAGAAUCCCCCAAGCAUCGGCACUCGCUGGAGUUGGACAAACACACGAGACACACAUCCCACUUCAUCAACAGCCACAACUCCCACAUCCACUCAGUCGAAACUCUAGCUUUAGUAGGACACGCAGUGGUCAACUCCGUAAGAACAGCAGUAGCAGUGUGAACAUCCGUUUUACGGACGUUACACAUCAGCAGCAGCCUCAACAACAACGCCACCCAUCGGCAUCUUCCAUAGCAAGUGGAUUGAUCCCGAACGAUGACGAUACUUUCUUCAUUCCCAAAAGUUCAUCUUGCCGGGCUAACUUUGGCUUCAUUAAUCCAUUCAAUAAUGGCCCACCAAAUCGGCUCUUUAAACAAAACGGAGAAGGAGAUAGUGACUCCCGGGCCGAUGACGACGACGAUACCGAUCGGUUAAUUACCGGUUCGACUCAGCAACUCUCCCUCUCGACACCACUCAGGAGACAUCCCUCGGUGACUUCGACCGGAAACAACAAUGUCACGACCAGUGCCAGCAGCGGCACAACCACUCCGAUGAACGAUACCGGCAGUUACGGUUUCGAGCGAAUCAAUUUUACCCACGGGACCCGACCCGAUUUCGGACCAUUUCCGCAACAGCCACACAGAGCUGGACCUGGACCGGCUAGCAGCAACAGCAGGUCACAUCAUCAGCUACCUUCACCGCCAGUACAAUCGAUACAACCACCACCAGUGCCACCAUUGCCACAACUACACCACUAUCAGCAACAGCAACAACCCGACAGCCCGGAUGCCUACAGAUUGCCAUACCAGUAUGUCACACGGUCGCCGAAUUUAAACCGAAUCGCUCGCCGCAACAACUUAAUCAAUAACAAUAAUAGCAAUAGCAAUAGUAAUACCAGUAACGGUUACAGUAACAACAACAGCAACAGCAGCAGUGGCAGCAACACACCCCGGGUCAUGAGUCCCAAGUACUGUGACCAGAUUCGUGAGCUUUCUUCCGCCGGGUCACCGGGUUAUCCGAAUCACGAGAACAACAAUCGGUACCCACCGCCCCCACCUUCAGCGAUGGUGGUAGGUGGAGCAGGCCAACCUCACCAUCAAUAUCCAGCUAUGUUGAUACACCGAGCCAAAUCCCAGGACCGGCUGGCCCAUCGAAGUCGACGUCAGGGCCCGGGGGGAUCUCGUGGCCAGUUUGGCGGCCACCACCAGCAGCAACGGCCUCGCUCGUUUUGCAGCAACAACGGAGCCUAUCCGGACUAUGUGAUUAUGGAGCAUCCUGGCAGCUAGGCGAAGGAAUCGAUCCAUCAGACUUUCUUUUUAUCCCGACCGGCGCAAUUCCUUUUAUUUACCAAAAGAAAAACAACUUUCGUCUGUGAUUUCUUUGGGGGACGACGACGACGAGGGUAGGCACAUUUCAUUGGACGAUGGGGCUGAUGGCGCUGGCGGCUCCCAAUUGUCUGCUCCGCGAAUCGGCGGAAUCGUUCCGAACCACACAAAACAAGUUCAAUCAUAACCGUAACAUAGUUUGCGCUGGUGGCAUUUUCUUCUCAUUGCUGCUCGUGUGUUCGACAGCAUAAUUUACGGUAUCAUUUUCUGUAUUUGCCCGAGUUCUUAUCAAGGCUUUACGGUUUCGUUUUCUGCGUGGGUGUAGGUAAAAGAAUCAAAGCGCUGCUGACAGAUAGGCAGCACGUGAAAAGUUCACUAUUUUUUCUUCGUUGCUCGGUGGCAUUUCGUGGAAAUAUCGAACGAGCAUGCUUUGGACGUAUACAUUAGAAAUUGAUUAUUUUUUUAAAUAUGGAUACAAAUGAUACUUUGAGAAUGAUCAAAUUGUUUUUUUCUUUUCAAUUAGAAUAGAUUUUGAAAUAUUGUAAGAAAGAAUUUGAAAUGAAUUAAUAUUCAUUAAAACAUUAGGUGCCGUAAAUAAAUGAAAUUGUAGAAUUCCGAAAUUCGACAAUCUAUGCAGCCAUUUGACCAAACUGUUCAAGUUUCGUAAUAUUGUGUUAUUGAAGAUACAGUACUCGAAUGUUGAAAGCAUACUAUUUUAUAAUUAAAUUGAUCUCGUUUUGUUUAUUUUACGUGUAACAGUCAAUAACCAAUGAGAAACAAGGUGUAUCGUAUUAGGCCCUCAAUGUGUUAAAAACCAGCUUGGUAAAUAUGUUAGUUAAAAUAUCAUAAAGUUUAAAUGUUGGUAUUUCUAAAUUUGAAAUUAGUUUUCACUUCCUCCAUAUUUCAUGUGUCGCGUAUUUGUAUCUCACUUCAAUGUAGUUUGAUUUCAACGAAUAUUUUACCAAGUUUUUAGAGCAAGUUCACUGGUGUUGGGAAAAA